UCCCUUUGGCCGCCGGGCUGCCGUGACGAGCGCACCUCGCAGCCUCGCUCCCGCCGCGCCCCCCGCCCGCCGACAUGCGCUACGUCGCGGCCUACCUGCUCGCCGUGCUCGGCGGCAACGAGUCGCCCACGUCCAAGGACCUCAAGAAGAUCCUGGACAGCGUCGGCAUCGAGACGGACGAUGAGCGCGUGAACAAGGUUAUUAGUGAGCUGAAUGGAAAGAACAUCGAAGAUGUCAUUGCUCAGGGUAACGGGAAGCUGGCCAGCAUGCCGGCCGGCGGAGCGGUGCCCGUGGCUGCCGGCGGGGGCUCGGCCGCCCCGGCCGCCGGCGGCGCUGCCCCGGCUCCAGCUGAGGAGAAGAAGGAAGAGAAGAAAGAAGAAUCUGAAGAAUCUGACGAUGACAUGGGAUUUGGCCUAUUUGAUUAAUUAUUUGUUAUAGAAAUACUAUUAAAUUUGUUUGUUCUUUUAAA